CAAUUCUCAGAAUCUCAAGGGCAAAUGUGUGGAAUUACGAUUCCGAAGCUUUUGUGUUCUGGGCCACCACAGUGGCACUGCCCAUUAACACUGGCACAGCAAACACAAACCUCUCUCCCUCUCUCUGUGUAAAUGAAGAUCAAUUCAAACUUCCAUGGCUGCAACGAGGACGAAGAUGGCUAGGUUUUUGAAGAACUUGAUCGAUAAAAGAUCGAAUUUCCUUACUGGGUUUUGCUCCAAUGGCCCUCUAGUGAAGAAUCAGAAAAACCCAUUUAAAGUUUUUGCAUCUUCUUCAUUCUCUUCUUCUUCUUCGGCUUCCACGAAAGAAGCAGAGAUCGUAAACCCAAGAAGACUUGGUUUCGAUUUCCUGGGAGCUAAGGAUUAUGAAGAUUAUAGGAGGUCUAUGUACGGUGAGAUCACUCACAAAGCUCUGUUCGUUGAUGCUGUUGGGACUCUGGUCGUUCCCUCACAACCCAUGGCUCAGAUAUAUAGACAGAUUGGAGAGAAAUAUGGUGUACAGUACUCGGAGGUUGAGAUAUUAAAUCGUUAUAGGAGGGCUUAUGAGCAGCCUUGGGGUAGAUCUCGUUUAAGAUAUGUGGAUGAUGGAAGACCCUUCUGGCAAUUCAUAGUUAGGUCCUCCACUGGGUGUUCAGAUUCUCAGUACUUUGAAGAACUUUAUAACUACUAUACAACUGACAAGGCUUGGCACCUCUGUGAUCCUGAGGCUGAGAAGGUAUUUAAAUCCCUUAAAAAAGCUGGUGUGAGAGUGGCUGUUGUGUCAAAUUUUGAUACACGGCUGCGGCCUCUUUUGCAAGCUCUGAAUUGUGACCAUUGGUUUGAUGCCGUGGUAGUGUCUGCUGAGAUUGCAGCCGAGAAGCCAAACCCGACAAUAUUUCUGAAGGCAUGUGAGUUGUUGGGAGUAAAACCUGAGGAUGCUGUACACGUAGGGGAUGACCGUAGGAAUGACAUAUGGGGUGCCAGAGAUGCUGGUUGUGAUGCUUGGCUUUGGGGAAGUGAAGUUCACUCUUUCAAGGAGGUUGCCCAAAGGAUUGGGGUACAUGUCUAAGGAAGUCAAAUGUUGCCAACAGCUUGAAUCGGUACUUUUGAUAAUGUAUAGUUUUGUGUAAUAUCUGUUGUAGAAGGAAAACUAAGCUAAGCUAAUGAGGGAAAAUUUGUAGGAGGAGAACUUUGUAUAUAGGACAAUGUUACUUUUGUCCUUUGCUUUUGUGUCUCAAUACAUUAUCUGUGUAAGCAUUGUUAUCUAAUGAUGUACCCCUUGGUUUCACUACA